AUGCGCGCGAAAGAGAGCGGGCGCGCCGCGCCGGACGCCGGACGAGCUCCGUCGGAUGUCGGCCGGGCACCACGCGCGGCAGCUCUGCGCGCCACGUUCCAGCGCGGCGCUGGAACGACGCGGCGUAUCGCUGCUCUCGAGCAUAUCUUGUCGGGCUUGCCAUCGGCGGCGGCAGGGCCCGCGCGGAGCAAUGUCCGCGGUGCUGGCGCCCUUGCUGCUGCCGCUCCAGGCGCAGCAAGGGCGAACUCGAUUGCUAACGCGCGCGCUGGCGGCCCCAUCGAGUGGCACGAGGGCCGUUCGAUUUUGAUUAUCGUGGGACGGCCGCCGCGCGGGCGUAGCGGGCUCCGGUCGACUGGCCCGCCGAACUCGAGCCCAGCAGCUCGAGUGAAGCAACAGCAGGGCCGACGAUUGCCAGCAUGGAAUGCAGUUCGUGUGGCGGUGAAUGAAGAGCGGCGGAUCGCUAGUAUAUAA